AUGGAUGCAUUUACUGUCGUCAUCUGCCAUGGCUCUUAUCACACUCCAAUUCCUUACAAGCCCUUCAUGACUGCUCUCCAGAAGCAACGAAUAGAGGCUUACUGUCCUCAGCUUCCCACCGCUGAUCUCAUAAAAUUGAACGUUAGCCCAUCCCCGAAUGGGUCCCCGGAUUUUGAUAGCCCACCACCGGCAACUGGCUAUCCCCAGCCUGCAGACGAUGCAAUUGUGAUCAACGAACUCCUCGAAAAACUCAUUGAAAAGCAAGGAAAGAACGUUCUCUUAUUUGGUCACUCCUCCGGUGGCUUCUUGGCUACAUACGUGGCCCGGCGAAAGUAUCAAAAGAAAGCUCGCAAGGAGAACAACCUUGAAGGGGGUAUCAUCGGCAUUUUCUAUGCUUGUGCAUUCCUGGUCCCCGUCGGCGAGUCUUGUCAUUCUUUUUUCCAACCUAAGGAUGGAUCGGAGGGUGUUGUACCGCCGUUUUGUCGCUUUCAUGGAAAUGGAUUUGAAGGCAUCGCAUCCACUGUUGAUGCUGCUAAAUACUUCUUCAACGGAUUACCCGAAGACGAGGCGAAGUAUUACGAGUCCACAAUGACAGCUAGCCCGGUCCUAAGGACGGUGUUAGAUCAUGAUGCCUACAGAGAGUUGCCCUGUGCUGCUCUAAUCUGUGAAAACGAUCUAGCUUUGCCCCAUGCGUACCAGGAAAUGAUGGUUGCAAUGCAAACAGAAAGAGAAGAGACACACUUUACAGUGUAUAAGUGCGAUGCAGGGCAUUCGCCACAUUUGACCUGGACAGAUAGGCUCGUUGAAUGUGUACAGGAAUGGGCAGUUUCUAUUAUGUAA